AUGAGUAUCCCAGAACGAUUGGUCGGCAGGAACUUAAAUGGCCAGUGGGGUAGUUCCAACCUGGGUCUGCGUGACAAGCGCCUUGGCCUAGAGUGGGUACGCGACAAUAUUGCCAGCUUCGGCGGCAACCCCUCGCAAGUGACAGUCUUUUCCGAGUCGGCUAGGGCAAUCUCCAUUGCAAUCCACAUGCUCAACGAGACCCAAGACCUGUUUCGCGGGGCGAUCAUGGAGUCGGGCGCCCAAUCGACCCUCCCCUGUGGCAAGAGUAUUGAUGGCGACAUCAUCCCCGCGUCGCCCUACCACAUGCUGGACAAUGUCACGUUUGCCCGUAUGCCAAUCGUCACUGGUUGUAACGAGGACGAGGGCACGGAGUUAUAUCCUGCCUCCCUGAGCGACAACAUGACUGUCCAGCCACUUUCAUGCAGUCUUGACAUGAUGUACCCAGCACCCAUCCCAGACGGCUUUUUGAAAGCCUUUGGAAACAAUUAUCCCGGCGACGCCGGGCUCGGGACUGAGCAGAUGUGUAUUACCUCACGUCGCCGCUGGUUCCUCCGCCCAGCCAACUUGCACGGGUUCAACCAGAGGUGGUCGUAUGAAUUCAAUGCCACAAAUCAGAAGCAGCUUCCUGACAUGGGUAGCAGUCACGAGGCCUAG